AUGGGCCCAACAUCUACGGACCGAGCUGUACUAAAAUUAGAACGGGCCGCACGGGCUAACGUUUUAUUCGGACCAUCGACAGUAACAUACAGCACAACGACUUCAACAACGAGUACAUCAACAACCGGCACCAGCAGUACAAGCACAACAACAACCACGACAACAACCACAACUGCAACGACGACAACAACAACCACAACAACGACAACUACAACAACGAUAACGACAACCACAACAACAACAACGACCACGACAACCACCACGACAACCACCAUGACAACAACUACAACAACAACAAGUAUAACAACAACAACAACCACGACAACAACAACAACAACUGCUACAACGACCACGGCAACAACUAGUACAACAACGACAACAACAACAACAACAACAUCAACUACAACAACAACAACAACUACAACAACUACAACCACAACUACAACUACUACCACUACAACUACUUCGACUACAACAACAACAACUCAAACUACAAUAACUUUCACUCCUGUUGGUAUUUAUGCAUUAAAUAUUCCAACAUGUGCUACAUGGAAUCAAACUGGAGCAAAAAUGGCUGGAAAUGUAAAUGGAACGUUAGGCUCUGAUUUAGGAUCGCUCUCAAGCCCCGUAAGCAUUUUUGUUGACAAUGAUGAAGUUUUAUAUAUUGCCGAUCGAGACAACAAUCGAAUUACGAAAUAUCCUCCUAAUGCAACUGUUGGAAUUCUUGUUGCUGGUAAUGGUACUGCCGGGAACGAUCCUAGUCUGUUGAAUGGAGUGAAAGGUGUAGCCAUUGAUCAAUAUGGUUCUAUCAUUGUUGCCGACAGUAACAAUUAUCGAAUCCAAAAAUUUUUGAUAAAUUCAACAGUAGGAAUUACAUUAGCUUCCAAUAGUUCAAUUAAUCCUCUAGGCCAAAUGAGAGAUUUACAUAUAGACGUUAAUAAUAAUAUUUAUAUCACAGAUUCAGAUAAUAAUGUAAUUAGUAAGUAUAUUCCAUAUGCGUCACAAGGUGUAGUUUUAGCUGGUGGCAGUCCUGCGGGUUCAGCUGCCAAUCAAUUGAGUACUCCGUUUGGAAAUUUCAUUGAUGCAAAUGGAACAUUAUAUGUAGCCGAUGAUGGAAAUGCUCGUGUUUUGAAGUACCUUUCUGGAUCGAUGAAUGGAACUCUUGUAGCUGGUAUUACUAGCAAUCCAGGCUCGAACUUGACUCAACUCAGUGGUCCUAUAUCAAUCAUCGUUGAUAAUAAUGGAUAUAUUUACAUAGCUGAUAGUGGAAAUAGUAGAAUCAUGAAAUGGACUACAGAUUAUUCAGUAGGUGGUGUUUGUGUGAUGGCAUGUACCGGAACAUCAGGAACCGCUCUCAAUCAGCUACAUGGUCCUAGAGACUUGAAAUUUGAUAGAUAUGGAAAUAUCUAUGUUACUGAUCAAGGCAAUCAUCGCAUUAUGAAAUAUAACAUUAUAUUGCCAACAUCACCUUGUCCCUCAAGUGGUUAA